CACAAACACAAUUAUAUUAAUUUAUUUCCCAUAAUGGCUUUUCCUUUAGUACUCUCUCUAUCAGUAUUUAUCAUCUUUUUAUGUUACAAACUCUACAACCGGCUCACGGCCAAGCUGCCUCCGGGUCCUUGGCCGUGGCCGGUGAUUGGAAACCUCUUCAGCAUAACGCCGAUGAGGUUCCGAUGCUUUGCUGAAUGGGCCCAAAUUUAUGGGCCAAUUUUUUCUUUUUACCUUGGGUCACAACUAAACGUGGUGGUGAAUAAUGCGGAACUUGCAAAAGAAGUUCUUAAAGAUAAUGAUCAAAAUUUGGCCAAUAGGUUUAGAACAAAACCUCUUGAUAGUGUGAGUAAAAAUGGGAUGGAUUUGAUAUGGGCUGAUUAUGGACCUCAUUAUGUGAAAGUAAGAAAGCUUUGUAAUCUUGAACUUUUUACUCAAAAGAGACUUGAAGCUCUUAGGCCAAUUAGAGAAGUUGAAGUUACUGCCAUGGUUGAAAAUAUUUUCAAGGACACCACUAAGCCUGGUAAUGAUAGUAAAACAAUGACGCUAAGGGGCUACUUGGGAUUAGUGUCAUUCAACAACAUAACAAGGCUUACAUUUGGGAAGAGAUUUAUAAACUCAAAAGGUGAAGUUGAUGAACAAGGUGAAGAGCUCAGAGCCAUUUUAACAGAUGGGAUAAGAAUUUCAGGAAAACCUAAUUUGGGAGAAUUUGUACCAUGGCUACGUUGGGUAUUUAAAGAUGACAAUGAAGCUCUUGAGUCACAAGAUAGACGUUUGAAUAAAUUUACAAGACUUAUAAUGGAAGAACACACAAUUGCUAGAGAAAAAUCUGGAGAAACCAAACAUCAUUUUGUUGAUGCUUUGCUUACCCUUCAAAAGGAGUAUGAUCUUAGCGAUGACUCUAUUAUUAGCCUUUUUUGGGUAAGUAUACAUAUACUAGUUAAUAUAAUUUUAACUUUUAUACACUGACAUCACGAUUUU